AUGGCGCGCAGCUCCACGUCCCUGAUCUCGCUGGCCUUGUGCCUGGCCGUCCUCGCGUGCCAGGCGCACCAGGCACUCGCCGCGAGGCAGCUGAAGCACAGCCUUACCUCUGAGGCCGGCAGGGCCCUCAAGCAGGUCGGGGACGCCUUCACGCGCUGGGGGGGCGGCACCAACGGGUACCUCGACGACGGGUCCCGCACCGCCGUCUCGGCAUACGCGCGCGUGGUGAGGCGGGAGCAGCAGUCGCAGGGGUAUGGCCAGCGGCCUGCCGGCGCGUGCGCGCGCAAGGCAGGACGCCCGGCGCCCCGGGCGGCCGGCGACAUGGGGUGUGUGCAGGGGUGGGGGGGGGGCCAACAACGGAGCGGCCCGGGCGCGCGCACGCGGGCGGCGUCCUUGGCAAUACCGCGGCCCCCUACGCCCCCGCGCGCGCGCCGCGGACCCUCCGCCUGCUCCGCGCCGGCGCCCUGA